AUGUCAUUGCCUUACAUACCCGCGGCAGCUCGUGGCGUUCCUUUCCCCACGUUGCGUAAAACAGGAAUAUAAUAUUUCCCAAUUUGAGAUUUUGACCUAUAUCAUUCACAAUGGCUGAUGCUGAUUUUGGAGGAGGAGAAUCUGGAGCAUCAACUACCAUUCCUGCUCAAUGUUCAUCCCUUCGUAAAAAUGGCCAUGUGAUGAUCAAGGGUCGACCUUGUAAAAUUGUGGAGAUGUCCACUUCCAAGACUGGAAAACAUGGCCAUGCUAAGGUUCAUUUGGUUGGUCUGGAUCUUUUCAAUGGCAAAAAGUAUGAAGAUAUUUGUCCAUCUACUCACAACAUGGAUGUACCUAUCGUUGGUCGUAAAGAUUUUCCAUUGGUAGAUAUUUCUGAUGAUGGUUACGCUCAUCUUUUGACAGAUGAGGGUGACAUCCGUGAAGAUCUUAAAGUACCCGAAGGCGACUUAGGUAAGGAGAUUAAAUCUCGUUACGAGAAUGGCGAGGAGUUCAUGGUUACUGUUCUUAAAGCUGUUGAUGAGGAAGCUAUAAUUGCCACAAAAAACACUGCAAAUAAAUAGUUUGCUGUAAAACAGUAUCAUGCCAACUGUCUUUACUGCAAAGAAUAAAAAAACAAUUCAAUAGAUUUUCAUUUUUUUGAGUUUUAAUUUAGCUCACAUAAGUUGAGAGCAUAUCACGCUCAACAAGAGUAAUUAAUCUAGUAUUUCUCUUUUCUUAAACACAUUUGUAAUAUGCUCUCUUCGCACUCUGUACUGUGGAAUGUUUCCAUGUGAAUUCUCUGGAAACGUACUUUGUGUACAAGUGCUCGUUUGGAUUUACAAUAAGAUAGUAGAUCAUUAUUUGUUAUUAGAUUUCUUGAUAUACAUGUCAAUUAAAUGUCUGUUGUGUGUUGUGUUCACAUAUAAGUUGAAAAAAAAUGUGAAUGCUCAGUUGAGAAUCAUGAGAUACCGAUACCAGUGUGGGAGCUCGUAUUACUGGUCCAUUUUUUAGUUGAAUAGCUAACAUUGAAGAUGGCAAAGUGAUUGUGUAAUGUAUAGUAAAAACCCAGUUUCCAAGUCUAUAGCAUAGGAAUUGUGAAAGUUUUGUGUUGAAUAAACGUUCUAGCUUUUGAUACAAAAACGAAGAGGAUGAUGGGAUUGAGGUAUUAUUGUAAUGUUAGGACUAAAUUUAUAGAAAUUUCAUUUAUUGUGGAGACCGAAGCAAUAUAUCUUGAAAUUGUUGUAAA